GAGAGCUGCAGGAGAGGGUGCAGGAGUGUGUGAGUGGUGGGGGGUGCUCGGUGCAUGGCACUGCGGCUUUAAGGUGCCUGUCUCUGUGUGUGUGUAGGACUGGGAGCCCCUCCCUCCAGCUGGAAAGAGCAGCUCCCAUAGAAUGCUCUGCAGACCUGCCAGGGUGGGCUGCUUUGUGUGCUCCAUGCAAAUAGCAGAGCUGGCCUGAUGCACUGCAGCCUGCUUCUCCCCAACUGAGGACAGCACCAAAAAAAGGGGGGGUCAUCAUCACAUCGUAAAGGGAAAACCAAGGCAGAGCAAGCAGCUAUUUGCCACCAGUAACACCCGGCAGGAGGAGGAGUAGGAGAGAGAGAGCGCAAUCAGUGCAUUUCCUUUGCUAGCCCAGCUCCCCCCCCCCCCCAUGCCUGGCUGAGGAGGAGAGGCUGACAAAGAGACAGCGAGCGAGCAGGGGCUGCCAGGAGCUAGCAUUACACAGAGCAUGGCGGACCGCAGUCUGGAUGGGGUGCCCCUACCCCUGGAGGUGAGAGCCAGGCUGGCAGAGCUGGAGCUGGAGCUGUCUGAAGGUCAUUCAUGUAUCUCGGGUCCCUCAGCAAUGAGAUGGCAUGGAAGGACUUGGAAAACAGCAGCAUUAUGUGAUAUCACACAGAAAGGAUACGAAAAGAAGAGGUCAAAACUAAUAGGAGCAUAUCUGCCUCAACCCCCAGGGUUGGAGCAGUCUAUACCUCCAGAGAGAAGAACUCCCGUAACACCUUCCUCCUCCUCGAGAUACCACCGCCGGCGCUCCUCAGGGUCACGAGAUGAACGCUAUCGAUCAGAUGUACAUACAGAGGCCGUGCAGGCAGCCCUUGCUAAACACAAAGAAAGAAAAAUGGCGGUCCCUAUGCCAUCGAAGCGACGUUCCUUGGUCGUACAGACAUCAAUGGAUGCUUACACCCCUCCAGAUACCUCGUCAGGAUCAGAAGAUGAAGGCUCUGUUCAGGGGGACUCCCAAGGAACUCCCACCUCAAGUCAGGGUAGUAUAAACAUGGAGCACUGGAUCAGCCAAGCUAUCCACGGGUCUACCACAUCGACCACUUCUUCUUCUUCAACGCAGAGUGGAGGUAGCGGGGCUGCACAUCGAUUAGCAGACGUUAUGGCCCAGACACAUAUAGGCAAUAGCCGGCAAGAUGGAGAAUAUCACAAAAAUCAUUCGGCCCCUCCCGAUGUGACCACAUACACCUCAGAACAUUCAAUACAAGUAGAAAGACCGCAAGGGUCAACGUCACGAGUCGCACCAAAAUAUGGCAAUGCAGAACUCAUGGAAACUGGAGAUGGAGUUCCUGUUAGUAGCAGAGUAUCUGCAAAGAUACAACAACUAGUCAACACCUUGAAAAGGCCUAAGCGACCUCCUUUACGGGAGUUCUUUGUGGAUGACUUUGAGGAAUUAUUAGAAGUUCAACAACCAGAUCCAAACCAGCCUAAACCUGAGGGUGCCCAGAUGCUAGCAAUGAGAGGGGAACAGCUGGGGGUGGUCACAAACUGGCCCCCAUCACUUGAAGCAGCACUGCAGCGGUGGGGGACCAUAUCACCUAAAGCGCCCUGCCUUACCACUAUGGACACAAAUGGAAAACCACUCUAUAUCCUCACAUAUGGUAAACUAUGGACCAGAAGUAUAAAGGUUGCGUACAAUAUACUGCAUAAAUUAGGAACCAAACAGGAGCCCAUGGUCCGGCCUGGAGACAGAGUGGCUCUUGUGUUUCCAAAUAAUGACCCUGCUGCGUUUAUGGUAGCUUUUUAUGGUUGCUUAUUAGCUGAAGUUGUCCCCGUUCCCAUUGAAGUGCCACUUACAAGGAAGGAUGCAGGAAGUCAGCAGAUUGGCUUUUUGUUAGGAAGUUGUGGGGUUACUGUAGCCUUGACUAGUGAUGCCUGCCAUAAAGGACUUCCGAAGAGUCCCACUGGAGAAAUACCACAAUUUAAAGGUUGGCCAAAGCUACUUUGGUUCGUCACGGAAUCUAAACACUUGUCUAAACCUCCACGUGACUGGUUUCCACAUAUUAAAGAUGCAAAUAAUGACACUGCUUACAUUGAGUACAAAACAUGCAAAGAUGGAAGCGUGCUGGGGGUGACGGUGACGAGAAUCGCACUUCUGACACAUUGUCAAGCUCUCACCCAAGCGUGUGGAUACACAGAAGCGGAAACUAUUGUGAAUGUGUUGGAUUUCAAGAAGGAUGUGGGGCUGUGGCAUGGAAUCCUUACAAGCGUCAUGAACAUGAUGCAUGUUAUAAGUAUCCCAUAUUCUCUCAUGAAAGUUAACCCCUUAUCGUGGAUCCAGAAAGUGUGCCAGUACAAAGCAAAAGUUGCGUGCGUCAAAUCAAGGGACAUGCACUGGGCAUUGGUUGCACACCGUGACCAGAGGGAUAUCAACCUGUCUUCUCUACGUAUGUUGAUUGUGGCUGAUGGCGCAAACCCCUGGUCCAUAUCUUCUUGUGAUGCUUUCCUCAAUGUCUUCCAAAGUAAAGGCCUGCGUCAGGAAGUAAUUUGUCCUUGUGCCAGUUCACCAGAGGCUCUUACCGUGGCCAUCAGGAGGCCCACUGAUGACAGCAACCAGCCUCCUGGAAGAGGGGUAUUAUCAAUGCAAGGCCUCACUUAUGGGGUCAUUCGAGUGGACUCUGAAGAAAAGUUGUCUGUUCUCACAGUACAAGACGUAGGGACAGUGAUGCCUGGUGCUAUUAUGUGUUCUGUGAAACCAGAUGGAAUUCCACAGCUGUGUCGGACAGAUGAAAUAGGAGAGCUUUGUGUCUGCGCUCUUGCUACGGGUACAUCCUAUUAUGGUCUCUCUGGCAUGACCAAGAAUACGUUCGAGGUUUUCCCGAUGACCAGCUCUGGAGCACCAAUAAGUGAAUAUCCAUUUAUAAGAACUGGCCUCCUAGGAUUUGUAGGACCAGCUGGGCUGGUCUUUGUGGUGGGGAAAAUGGACGGCCUGAUGGUGGUGAGUGGACGGAGGCACAAUGCUGAUGACAUCGUAGCCACUGCCUUGGCGGUAGAACCAAUGAAAUUCGUCUACCGAGGAAGGAUAGCAGUGUUUUCAGUCAACGUCCUUCAUGAUGAGAGAAUAGUGAUUGUUGCAGAGCAGCGGCCAGAUUCAACAGAGGAGGACAGUUUCCAGUGGAUGAGCAGAGUUCUUCAGGCUAUUGACAGUAUACAUCAGGUCGGUGUCUAUUGUCUAGCACUCGUACCAGCAAACACUCUCCCAAAAACUCCUUUGGGUGGCAUUCACCUAUCAGAGACCAAGCAACUGUUCCUGGAAGGAUCACUGCAUCCGUGUAAUGUGCUUAUGUGCCCACACACCUGUGUAACGAAUCUGCCUAAACCACGGCAAAAACAGCCAGAAAUCGGGCCUGCCUCUGUGAUGGUAGGGAAUUUGGUAUCUGGUAAGAGAAUUGCACAAGCCAGCGGAAGAGAUUUGGGACAGAUAGAGGACAAUGAUCAGGCUAGAAAGUUUCUAUUCCUGUCGGAAGUUCUUCAGUGGAGAUCUCAAACGACGCCUGAUCAUGUUCUCUACACAUUACUAAAUUCAAGGGGAACAAUAGCCAACUCUUUGACAUGUAGCCAGUUACACAAGCGAGCGGAGAAAAUUGCGGUCAUGCUAAUGGAAAGGGGACAUUUACAAGAUGGGGAUCACGUUGCUCUGGUUUAUCCUCCAGGAAUAGAUCUAAUUGCAGCAUUUUACGGCUGUCUAUAUGCGGGCUGUGUGCCAAUAACUGUUCGUCCUCCACAUCCGCAGAAUAUUGCAACAACAUUGCCCACAGUGAAAAUGAUAGUAGAGGUGAGUCGUUCUGCCUGUCUAAUGACUACUCAGCUCAUUUGUAAACUGCUAAGGUCAAGAGAAGCUGCAGCAGCGGUCGAUGUCAGAACGUGGCCUCCAAUCUUGGAUACUGAUGAUUUGCCAAAGAAGAGACCAUCUCAAAUCUACAAACCCUCUGACCCAGAAACAUUGGCUUACCUUGAUUUUAGUGUAUCUACGACUGGAAUGCUUGCCGGGGUAAAGAUGUCUCAUGCAGCCACUAGUGCCUUCUGUCGUUCUAUUAAACUUCAGUGUGAGUUGUACCCAUCUCGAGAGGUUGCAAUUUGUUUGGAUCCUUACUGUGGACUGGGAUUUGUUCUUUGGUGCCUCUGUAGCGUGUAUUCAGGACACCAGUCUGUUCUAAUUCCUCCCUCAGAGUUAGAAAUCAAUCCUGCGUUGUGGCUUCUUGCUGUGAGUCAGUACAAAGUGAGAGACACUUUCUGUUCUUAUUCUGUCAUGGAGCUCUGCACUAAAGGGCUUGGCUUACAGACUGAAUCCUUAAAGGCAAGAGGGCUAGAUCUGUCUAGAGUACGGACUUGUGUUGUAGUGGCCGAAGAACGUCCACGAAUAUCUCUCACCCAGUCUUUUUCAAAACUAUUUAAAGAUCUGGGUCUCCAUCCAAGGGCCGUAAGCACAUCGUUUGGCUGUCGUGUUAAUCUAGCCAUAUGUUUGCAGCCUCACAGGCUGGGGAAACUGGCUGAGCAGGGAACAUCUGGACCAGAUCCUACGACUGUGUAUGUUGAUAUGAGGGCUUUACGACAUGACCGAGUUCGACUGGUAGAAAGAGGGUCCCCACACAGUUUGCCUCUCAUGGAAUCAGGAAAAAUCCUCCCUGGAGUUCGGAUAAUUAUUGCAAAUCCAGAAACAAAGGGACCCCUUGGAGACUCUCAUCUUGGUGAGAUCUGGGUCCAUAGUGCUCACAAUGCUAGUGGGUACUUUACAAUAUAUGGUGAUGAGUCUCUGCAAUCAGAUCAUUUCAGUUCGAGGCUCAGUUUUGGAGACACACAAACAGUCUGGGCAAGAACAGGUUACCUGGGAUUCCUAAGGAGGACAGAACUGACAGAUGCCAAUGGUGAACGCCACGAUGCCCUUUAUGUUGUUGGUGCUCUGGAUGAAGCAAUGGAACUGCGAGGGAUGAGAUAUCAUCCAAUUGAUAUUGAAACUUCAGUGAUCAGAGCCCAUAAGAGCGUCACAGAAUGUGCUGUGUUUACCUGGACUAAUUUGUUGGUGGUUGUCGUUGAACUUGAGGGAUCAGAACAGGAAGCCUUGGAUCUAGUACCGCUGGUAACCAAUGUGAUCUUGGAAGAACAUUAUCUGAUCGUAGGUGUUGUCGUGGUGGUGGACAUUGGUGUCAUUCCUAUCAACUCCCGUGGAGAGAAACAACGUAUGCACCUACGAGAUGGGUUUUUGGCAGAUCAGCUAGAUCCCAUUUAUGUGGCCUACAACAUGUAGUCUUGUAAUUUUAAGGCUUCCAUGGACUUUACUCUAGGUGUAUAAAUUUUUUUGGUGUCCACAAACAAAAUCAAAUGUGCAAAUAAGGGGAUAACCUUGUUCAGAAUGGAGCAUUACUGUCUGUUUUUUUUUUUGUUUGUUUGGUUUUUUUUUAUCUACGAAUUGCCCAUGAUUGGCCAGAUGAAAAGUGAAAGGUUUUUGUUUUGUUUUUUUAUUACUACAAUUUAGCACCAAGAGAAUUUUUAAGUACUGUAUUCCCUCCGUUCUACAUGUAAAGUUCCAUAAAGGUCUCCAGCUAUAUCUGACACUCAAACCACGUGAAAAAAAAAAUGCAUUUUUUUUAAAGUUUGUGUUUCCCCUGCUUGUUUGUCUUUUAUGUCGCUAGAAGGAUCCAGUUGUUCUUUAUUAGGUUGCUACAAUUUUUUUUAUAAAAGAACGGGUGUUUUUUUUGUUUUUGUUUUUUUUAUGGUAGAUUGUUUUCUUAUUUGUUUUAAAUACUGUUUAGAGUGGCAAAGUUAUUUUGUGGUUCACACUGAGUUGUGUCAGAAAAAAAAUAGAUAUUUUAUAUUUAGCCAUUUCUGAAAGUCCAAUUAUUUUAAAUAAGGUACGAACAGGAAAUAUCUGAAGUCACAAAGGUGACUGUAUACACCGAGCAACCUUUGUACCUUUGUGUGAGGUCACAACAUUUUGUGUUCUAGGUGACCCUCAAAUAAUUUGAUAUUCCUACCUUUUUCUAAUACAACAAGUCAGUCCUUGGUUACAAAAGGGAAUGAAUACGUAGUGGAAGUUUGCACCCAGUAAUUGCUAUCUUUAAACAGUUGAUCACGGUCAUUAUUCAAUAUUUUUAAAUUACUCUAGACUGCAAAAAUAUGGAGCUUACCUAGCACUCUCAACCCUCUGGUGUGGUAGGAGGGUGUGUGCCGUAUUGCUAUGCAAUGCAGUCAACUCUUAUUCACUCAAAGGGGUUUACACCCCGCUGUUUAAUCCCAAGGCAUUCUGCACAACAUUUAAUGAAUAAGCACACAAAUCCGAAAUCAGUCUUUCAUCACCAAUUGAGAGAGUAAUAUAAUUA